GGCGACUUCAAGACAUCUAUCUAUCUCCCUAUGUGGUAUAUGAAUCCAUCCUCCCAAGGAGCCCUCAACCCUAGCACCACUGCGCAGUAGACAACUACAACCAAGACCCGUUGCAGCCAUGCCUAUCUACCACAUCGUCCUGUUCAAACUCAAGCCCGGGGUAACGCCCGCCCAACUCUCAGCCUGGGGAGCCGCGGCCAAGGCCAUGGUUGGCCAGAUCCCAGGCCUGAGGAAGCUCGAAGUGAACACACCUCUGCCAUCCACGGCACACAGGGGCCAGGGGUUCAAUUGCGGGAUCGUGGCGAUCCUGGAUAAGGCAGAAGAUGUGAAGGUCUAUGCAGAGCACCCUGCCCACUUGGAGGUGCACAAGUUCAGGGAGGAGCUUUGUGACGAUACGUUGGCGUAUGACCUCGAGUUUGAGGAAUGAGUUUGGAGACGAGCCGAGUAGGGGUGGGUGGUCAUUGAACAAAGUGCCUUGAUGUAGAGUUGGUUUUACUACUACCGGGUAUGAGGCUAUGGCCUUCUAACCUCAGGCUACGUGGUAAUGGCCGUGCUUGAAAUAGAAUUCGUCGCAGGCGUACGCCACAGUGGCUGCUACGUUGUUUGCAUGUCAUUGGCGGUAGGGGUAGCAGUCAUUCUUCGCAGUCAGAUAUCUCGUGGUCCAAUGCCGGCCAGAUGUCCAAACCAACCGUUAUCU